AUGAUGGGCUUUGUGGAGACUCAUCACCAACUGCGUGCAUCAUGGCACAAGCACAAGAAUGUUAUGAGAGUGAUCGAUGCUCAAAGGAGGGGAGGGGGUAAUUACGACGAGGCCAUAAUCCAAAAAUUAUAUUCAAUUCAAAAUUUAAAUUACCAGCAGCUGUCCUGCCCGCUUCCUCAGGCUCUGAAACAUUUUGUUGAGGGACAUGACAAGCUGAUGGCAUAUCUAAUGGUUAGUCUAUUCAAAUUUCAAACCGAGGCAGCUUUUUCAACAACGUGUGGUCUGCGUUUAACCAUUUCAGGCCCAUUGAGACAAGGAGCACAACAAGCCCGAACACACGGAUUUAACCGGGUUGGAAGCCCAUAUUUUGAAAGACUUGGCCCAUAUCACAGCUCUUAUCUUACAAAUGGGCUUAACCCUUUCCUUUUCAUGUGGACUGACAUUGUGCCCACAUCAGGCCGGUUUUCUUGA